AUGCCAAAUCGUAAAAAGCCGAACACGUUAUUUUUGCCAGCUCGAAUUAAACGGCUUAUGCAAAAAGAUGAGGAAGUAGGUAAACUUUCUGCGACAGUUCCGGUGAUUGCAGCGCGUGCAUUAGAACAAUUUCUCGAAGAAUUGAUUACUAAAACAGCAUUGAUUACAAGUUCACUGCAGGCCAAAACACUGACACCCGAUCAUAUACGUCAACAUAUCUAUGCCGAUCCGCGUCUUUCAUUUCUCCAAGAUUUAGCCAAUCGUAUGGCAAGUGGUCCAAAUAGCACUAGUCGAUCACUUUCCACAUCUUCUGCAACAUCGACACCAUCGGCAACGACGUCUCGUCCGUCAUUUCAACAACAAUUGAGUGUACCUUAUCAAGAUCCAAUGCCAUUGCCAUCGGCAACCUCGUCAAAUCAAACGAAUUUACUUUACAUCAAUCAGCAAUUAAGUCGUUCAUAUUCGAAUGCAAACUAUUAUCCGAAAGUCAAAACGAAUAAACGAAGUUUUGAUGUCGUCGACGAAGAUCAAGACGAUGAGGAUGAAGACGACGACGACGACGAUGAUGAUGAACCAUUCAUAGCUGGCCACACAGCCACAUGA